AUGGCUGCUCUCCGAACCCCAGAUGGAACAACUACAGUAUCGAGAAGAGGGAUGGAGAAAGUCAUUCACGACUUCUACUCAGGUCUCUUCGACAGUCACGUCCACUUGCCUCCUCACCACAUGAGGGAAGAUGGACAUGUCUUUCCAAAGGUCCUCCCUUCCGAAGUCCGACAUGCCAUCAUGUCGGUGAAGAAUCGUACUUCAUCCAGUCUUGACAGAAUCAAGCCUGAACAUCUGAAAUACCUACCGCCAGUCCUCAUCAACACACUGGCGAGGCUCUUCACUCGUUAUCUGUCGUAA